UUCCUUCUCUUAGUUCCUUUUCUCUUGUGGUAAGCCACUACCAAUCAAAAUAAUGACUCGUUAUUUCUCGUUGAUUGCUUGUAGUAAUGUGUCGAAUUACUGGACCUGCCGAGCUUACUUACAAAAUUGGUGAAACUGCACAAUUCAAGUGGAGUACUUCCGACAGUUCGGCUAUUCUAUCUGCAACAUGGGGCAUAAAAAAAGGGAACAUACUUGACCCUCAAUUUAUCAAUGUGGAUAUACUGAGAAACAAAGCCUACCUCAAUUUAUUUCUGGAACCAAAUCUCAUGAAACGGGUGGCAUUUGAAGGUGAUCUCAACAAAGGUCGUGCAUGGUUUACUCUAAAGAACGUCACUGUCAACGAUACAAACGUGUACAUCGCAAGUAUCAAACCGACGAAAAGAAUUGGCCCUGUACGUUUUCCGGAAAUCCCUAGAACAACGCCCACGAAAGAUACAGAAUCGGAGAAUUAUACAAAAAAGGACCCAAAUGACCCAGUGAACUCUAAUGAUCAUAAAGUACCCAUCAUA